AUGGAGGGCAGUGAGACCAUUACUAAGAGUCUAGCCGAUAGAGUCAAUCCCGACCCGAAGAAGGAAAAGCGAGUGAGCCGUGCCUGUCUCGCCUGCAGAGCGCGAAAGUCGGCCUGCAUAUUGCCAACCGUCGACGGAGUUAUAUCGACGCCAUGCGAAAGAUGCAAGGCAACCAAUCUCGAGUGUGUGAUUGGAUCAAGCAAUCGUGGCGGGCGCAGAGUGCGCAAACGAACCUUUGAUCAGACUGGACUGGAGGACGGAACGCCUUCUUCAGUGAAGAGUUCCAACCCCAUUUCUUCCGGAGAGGAUGUUCAGAAUACCUCCUUCAGUAAUUAUCGGACAGAUGAAACUCCAACCCAUUCCGCAUGGGCGGCAGAGGAGUACGGUCCCUCCCGCCGUGCACCAGAGAGGACUUCGCCUACUCCGGCCAUCAUGCUCGACCCAGCUCUUGAAGCUGCGGAUACCAACGCAAGGGAAUUGCUAGACAGGAAUUCUUCCGGCUCGGAGAACAUCGCCUUCAAUGACCUCCAAAAUCCGAGUGACGCGUUGGGCAUACUAGCCCAGAUUGCGAGCAAUGGAGAAAACGCUCCUCCUUUGAAUCGCUCGCACAGUCUACCUAGGGCAUAUGAUACAUCUCAGCUCGACUAUGCGCUUGUCAGAGAUGGUCGAUUGUCAUUCUCGAAGGUCAUCACAUUGCUACAGAGGUACAAGUAUCACUACCAUCCAUACUUCCCACUCACCCCUGCCGCCACACUAGAUGCGGUCAAUCUCUCAAAGACAGCAUUCGAAGAGCCACAUCUUUUGACUGCGAUCCUUGUAGUCGCUUCGAGGGACUUGACUGAUGAGCCUCAUGUGUUCAAAGCUUGCUCGGAGCACAUGCGAUCGCUGGUCUCAGCACUCGCAGCGGGUGGACCGGGCAAUGUUGAGGCAGUUGAGGCGCUGCUCGUGCUCGCCGAAUGGACACCCUACACGACUCGAUCCGAUGCUGGUCAUGUUGGCCGCGGUGAGGAAGAUCGCGAAGCAUGGAUGCAUGUAGGGACUGCUCUACGCAUAGGUUACUUCCUGGGCCUCGAUAGGUAUUCCUUCCACGUCCGAGGAGACGAUGCCAAGGAUCCUCAAUGGCAGCGCAAACGUCUUGUCUGGACUGCUUGCUAUAUAUCGGAUCGACAGAUCUCCAUACGUCUGGGUCGUGCGUUUUGGUCGAGGGGACCUGGUCCAUUGACCCAUUUGUCCGCUACUGACUUCCCUAUGCUCGCUCCCGCCAGUCCAGGUGAUGAGAAUUUCGCUGAGAUUUUCCAGGCUACUCUAGAGCUCACACUCCUGUUUUCCAACGUUCAUGAUGUAUUGUACAGCAACCCAGGCAACUCAAUGCGCAGUCAUCUGGCAGGAGGUUACAUCAAAUACAUUGACGACUUCCGCAGCGCAAUCUAUGGCUGGAAGAGUGUAUGGGGAACUCUCACUUGUUCACCGCAGCUGAAAGCAACGCUUCUGAUGUCCUAUGACUACCUCCGGCUCUAUACCAACGCCUUUGCCUUCCACGCAACAGUAAAGCGUGCCCUGCCACAAAUACAGCAAGAGAGCCGAAAGUCAAACAGCACCGCUCCAGGCCGUGUCUUCUACAACAAUGUCGGCGCUGUGGGAGAUGCCCGUUUCAUCUACGAGGGACUGGACGCUGCGAAGAGUUUGCUUAGUAUGGUAAACACUUUUGUGGACCCGGAGAAGUCUCUACGAUACAUGCCACUUCGAUUCUACCUCUACUCAAUCUACUCUGGGGUAUUCCUCUACAGAGCGAGAUGUGUGGGCGUCCUUGCUCCUGAUGAAGAGCAGUCAGUUCGAAACAUGGUCAAAGAGACCGUGAAUAGACUGGAGCGAUCAGGAAUUGGCACACAGCAUCCCGGCAGUCGAUAUGCCCAACUUCUCAAGCUACUCUGGGAGAAAGUCGAGCGCAAAGAACGCAAAGGCACAAUCUCAACGGCUACCCUCCAAAACCCAUAUCGACCGGGCAGUAUGGGCGGAGGACCAACGCCGGCUUCGAGCUCCUCUGUAUUAACACAUGACUCUCCCGCCACAACGGAGGUCAUGGGUGAUUUCUCCUGGACGGAUUUGCAGGCGAUUGGGGACUUUGCAGUCAACGGUAACGGCGGGCUCAUCAACGACGCGGAGUGGUGGAGUGGAUUCCUCCCGGCCGACAGCAACAAUUUUCUAUUUGAUACGUUGAUGGGUGUAGACGAUUGGAAUCUGGGCCUCUAG